CUCUCUCUCUGCGAUCUGCAACGGUCCUGAAUUGAUACAAGGUAAUGGAAAGAAUACAAACAAGAACAAAAACAACAAACACCAAAUCUGAAUCCUAUAUAGAAAAGCAACAAGAGGAAAAAAGCAGCGCAUUGGUUCCAGUUAUUUGCUUUGGACCUUUCUUUUGGCCCCUUCUCCCCCCUCGAUACUCACAACCUUUCUCUCUCUCCAUGCACAACUCCAACCAUAACAACAACAAACACUCUAACCCUUCACAACUUCACCCAAAGUCAAAAUCUUUCUCUCCAUCUUCUCUCACCCCACACCUUUUUAUUUAACCAAAAUAAAUAAAUAAAUUCCAGACUAUUUCUUUUAAAUAAUUUUUAUUUUUAUUUUUUUUACAAGAAUUAAAAGUAUGUUGUUGUUUUGAAGCAUCACAUGGCACACUUAGUUACUUCUUAAACCCACCACAUCCACAUCCACAUCCACUUCUACUAGAUAAAAUAUCUCUCAUAUUCUCUCACUUUCUGCGGCGGGAGAAUGGUGCAGCAGCACCGCGGAGAAGAGGAGAAGCGACGGAGGUUCUUCAUAAACGACAACGUGGACAUUCUCCGGGAAAUCCUGAAACGACUGGACGGGCCGUCGCUGGGGGUGGCGGCGUGCGUGUGCCGCCUGUGGUGCAGCCUCACGCGCAACGACGACUCCCUCUGGGAGCACCUCUGCUUCCGCCACGUGUCCUCGGCGUCGGUGCGCGCGGUGGUGGUGGCCCUGGGCGGCUACAAGCGCCUCUACAUGGUGUGCGUGAGACCCGUGCUGAGUCGACUCGGAGACUCGGAGCGAGUGAGGAAGCGAGUCUGGACUCGGCACGAGGUCCAGCUCUCUCUCUCCUUGUUCUGCAUUGACACCUACGAGAGGCUCGGGACUGGAAGACUCAGCACCGACGCCUCCGCAUCGUCCCUCAUGUUCCUCUGCAACACCGUCAACGUCUGAUCUUAUAUACCAAAUUUAAAAUAUCAUCAAUUUCUUUGUUCAUUCUCAUCUCUUCAUUUCCUCAUAUUCUUCUUAUAGUAUAAAAGCUUGUAACAAGCGUCCA